UCACAGAAGGAGUUCAAAUGGGGCUUAUAAAGGGCCUGGCUAUUGGUGGUACUGUCACCAUCGUAGUUGUCGUUAUCAUUGUUGUUCCAACGGUACUGCUGACUCGUCAAGAAGCUGAUUUCCAGGAAACAUUUAUGGAGAAGUGUUUGAAGUUUCCAGAAGAAAAACAAGUCUGUGAGAGUAAAUGGGCCGCCUUUGAACAAGCCUAUGUGGGGAAGGACGAAUGCAACAUUACUGAAGAAAACUAUAAGCUCCUCUUCGAUCAGACGCCUUUCAAGCACCCAUGUGGCAAAACAAUGUUCUGGAGCAAAACACCUGAUUUGGUCCAUAAGUACACCGAGAAGAGAGACUGUUUGUUCUCCUUGGAGGACACUUUGUUGGGGUACGUGCUGAAUCAUCUGAAGUGGUGUGGAAAGCUGGGCAGCAAGGAGUACAUUGGACGCAGCACUGACAAACUAAAAACAGCAAAUGACCCACGAAUAGUCGCAAAAACUUUCACUGAGAAUUGCCAGGAGUGCAAACUCAACCCUGUUGAUGUAUUCUGGAAAAUAGCCUCUACAAAGUUUGCACUUCAUGCAUGCGAUGGAGCGUCAGUAAUGCUUGAUGGCGAGAGGCCAGAACCAUAUGAUUCAAACAGUUUCUUUGGAGGUGUUGAGGUUCCAAAUCUUCAGCCGCCACGAGUGAAUAAUCUCACUGUUGUUCUGGUCAAUCCGGAGAAUGGGAAAAACUGCACCUGUGAAUCACUCGGAAACUUAAGGAAGGACCUGGAUCAAAAAAUUGGUUGUACCUGCAGAGCGGUGGCCAAAUCACACGUUGAGAAGUGCAUCAAGGAAAGCACCCCCUGUGGAGCCUGCUGGUGAAGCGUUCUUCUCAAUGUCAUGCAUCAAACCCCACUUCAGAACAAGCGUGCUGCUUCAGCUCAGCGGUUAAAGCACAUGCCCCGUGUGCAGAGGCUAACGUCCUCAAACUUGACUCUUUGUUGAAUUUAAUCCACCAUUCCUAUCUCUCCACAUUUACUGUCUCUCUUCAGAUGAAUCAAGGCAAAAAAAUCCACUCUCAAAAAGUGUUUAGCAGAUCAAAUUGUGUUUGUGCCUAUUCUAUACGAACUGAAAUGUCUAAUAAUCUUUAUGUAUGAAUUUAUGAAUUGUAUGUAUUAUAUUUAUCUACCUUUUUAUGCUUUUUUAACUAAAUGUUUGUGGCUCUCUCUCCGGUGUCAGUCCUACUUUCAGAUUGUAUACAACUGAUGAUCACCCUUCUUAUUUUAUGGCAAUGCUUCAACAUGUUAUCAAAAGUGUGUUAUUAAAUUGAUGUUAUUUAUUGGAGUUAUUAUACUUAAGUGCUGGUAAACAAAAUGGUGAAUAAAACAUCAGAUCACUCGACGAUUGAAAUUUUACGAAUGGUUUCAACUCCUCCAGGACCAAAAGUCUGCAUUAAUCAAAGAAAGAAAUGUUGU